UGACGCUCGUCCAUCGCGGCUGUCAGGCGACCCUCGCUGAGGCCACCGCGCCGCCCUCUCGCCCGCACCCGCGGCUACGACGUCUGAGGAACGCGCGUCAUCACUGACACCAACUGUCCUCGAUGACGCGCCCCGUGCACUCAUGGCGCGGAUCUCGACGCGCACCCGCCCUUCUGCGACCUAUAUAACCCUCGCCCCGCCAUUUUGUCUCCCACUUUUCUGUUUCUGACCCGUUCACGAACUCACGAAACCCCCUCAUCAUCAACACAUACUCACGAUGGACCGCGCUACUUCUGUCGUCGCCGCGCUCGAGGCGGGCAAGCUUCCCUCGCAGUCGCAGAUCAGUGCUUGGCUUAAGUGGCUCGACGACUCGGGUCUUACUCAGGCGCAGCCCGAGGGGAAGGAUGCCUUGAGCUCUCAGGGGCGCGUCCUCUUGAACGAUGUCAGGGGAGUGCUUGCAGCGUACCAGACGCUGGGCGAGCGCAAGAACCACGACGAUCUCCUCGAGGAGACCCUCUGGCACCUCAGCCAGGCCGACCUCGCGAACGCUUCCACCUCCACCUCUGGAUCCCUCGACACCGACGAGGCAGCGAACGACGCAAGGGCCGCCGCAGGCGCCAUGCGUACCAUAUUGCGAGUCCUUUGGGAGAGCGUCUCCUCCGAGGGCUCCAUCCUUGGGCAAGAUCUGACCUCGUUCUUCCGUCUUGGCCUCGCCGACGUCGCGGAAGCCAUCGAGGGCGCAGCGGGCAGCACGAAGGAGAGUCUUCGCUCAAUUGACAAGGAGGUGCAGGAGGGCAAGCGCACGACGCUCGGCCGCGACAAGGAGCGGUUGGAGCAGGAGAAGGAUCCGAAGGUUGCGUUCGAACAUGGGAUGGACACCCUGAAGGACGCUGGUGUCACUGGCAUCGGCGCCGUGCAGAGCGCGACCGAGAAGGCGCAGGAGGGUAAGGACAAGGCUAGCGAGCGCUUGACCACCAUGUACGACAGGAUAUGCGAACGCGCGCUGAAGGACGAGGAGUACCGCAAAGAGGUCACCACCAUCGUCAACGUCAUCGAGAAGUGGGUGAACAGCGCCAUCGACAGCACCGCCGGCGUCCGCUCCAAUAGCCUCUCCUCCUUCGUCGACGACCCCACGCCCGAGCAGCACCUCCACAAAGCCCUCGACGGCGUGCAGAAGCUCCUCGAGCGCUUCGCCGGCGACAAGUCGCUCAACGACCUCUUCUCGAAGACGCGCGUCUGCGCGCGCGACGUGCGCGAGGACGAGAACCUGCGCACGUGGUUCGACCAGUUCUUCGACCACACGCGCAAGGUGUUCACGCAGGAAGGCUACCGGGAGUCUGCGGAGGCGAAGGGCAAGCGGAAGGAGCUGCGCCGCCGCUGGCACGAGAUGCGCGACGGCGAGGGCGAGUCGGCGCAGAAGUGGAAGGCGGACUGGGAUGCGCUCAGCUCGGAGGCGUCGGAGUACGUCGAGCGGAUCGAGCAGGACAAGGACCUGCAGCGUCUGCGUGAUGCGCACGCCAAGCUUGGCAAGGACAUCGACUCUGGACUGUCCGAUGUCAAGCAGGAGGCGGCGGCGAAGGCGCAGAAUAUCAUGGAGCAGGCAUCGUGGUUCUGGCACGACAUGUUCUCGCACUACGUUCCGAAGGCUUUGAGCAUGAUGAAGGACAUCCCUAUCCCUCGUACCGAGUACAAGGACGACGAUCUCGAAUUCGUCCUCGAGAACCUCGACAUCUCUAGCCUCAACAUCCAGCCCGCGCACAUCUUCAUCCGCAACAUCACCGACGUCGACAUGUCUCUCACCGAGAAGUCGACCACCACCGCCGUCGGCACGCUCACGCACAUCCGCAUGCAAGCGCUCCAGCUCGCCUUCAAGGACAUCUCCUUCUGGUCGCGCGCCAAGGACGUUUCCCUCGGUCCUAGCGAGUUCUCCGGCCUCGUUGGCAUCACCCUCCCACCCAAGGGCAUCGACGUCGACCUGCGCGUGCGCAUGAUCCCCUCCAAUCAGCAGGACGCCCGCGAGGCGCACAAGGGCUUCCACAUCAUCGAGCACGUCGCGGUGCACGUCGACGAGGACGUCCAGAUCGACGUCCGCGACUCGAACCACACCGUCCUCUUCAAUGUCUUCAAGCCCGUCGUCCUCAUGCGCUUCCGCGACGCGCUCGAGCGCACGCUCGCCGCGCAGCUCCGCGGCCUGCUCGCCUGGGCCGACGGCCUCGCGUUCGACAUCGCGAAGCGCGCGGAGGUCUUCCGCGACGCCGGGCUCGGCACCGGCGGCGCGUACGCGGGCGCGGUGUGGAGCGAGAUCGGGCGGAUGCGCCGCGCGGAGGCGGGCGCGGCGAUGCGCGUGACGGGCACGGGCUUCAUCGUCGACGCGGAGAAUGGGUCGCUCGCGGUCGGCGCGGAGCCGCAGAUCUUGAGCGGGGACAAGCACGGGCCGCUCGCGACGGCGAGCGAGCCGCUGAAGGACCGCCUGCGCGACGCGGCGGGAAAGGCGAAGGAGGAGGUCGAGGCGCGGACGGGGACGGACAUGGACGUGGACGUGGUGAAGGCGGAUGUGCAGGGCGCGAAGGAGCAGGUGGCGGAGGCGUGGGAGGAGGGGAAGGAGCAGUGGCAGUCGUUCCAGCAGAGCGUGGAGAAGAAGGCGGAGCAGGAGAGGAAGAAGGAGGGCUGGAAGUCGAGCGCGUUCGACCUCUAAACUGUUCGCUCGCUCGCCUUCUGGGAUGUUGGCCCUUUGAUUCUGUGGACCUCCUGACGUGAUCUGGAUGUGCUGCAUACUCACCUCAAUAAGUGUACUUGUACGAUAUAGCAUAGUGUACUCUAUACAAGCAAGCAAAGUACUGUAGGAUUAGUAUAGUGAACAAUGUUUUCAGCGCCUUCCUCGUCAAGUAUUGUGUAUUAUCUACCGGCCGGUAAAUAAUACCUUCAAGUGUGACCUUCACCCCUUUCACCU